AUGGCUGAAGGUAACUGGCUUUUGAUUUGGAGUGUCACCUUGUUGGCACACACAGCUCACAGCUGCCCUGAAAAAUGCCUCUGCCACAAAGCCUCAAAGACUGCAGACUGCAAGAACAGAGGAUUUACUGAAAUUCCUGCCCGUUUACCCCCUGAAAUUCAGAUACUACAGUUGCAGAACAACCGUAUCUGGAGAAUCAACCAAAACGCAUUCACUGCAACGCCGUUACUCAAAAUCUUGGACUUGUCUAAUAAUUCUAUCUCAAGUGUGGCACUUGGUGCUUUCCAAAAACUGAGGUAUCUGCAGGAACUGGACUUGUCAUCCAACAGCAUUAUUCGAUUGCCUGAGACAUUUGGAAACAGCACAGGGAAUAUAACAUUGCUCUCUGUGAAGCAUAACAAACUUCAGAAAAUGGAAAGAAUUCUGCUGGAGUCACUUCCAAACCUGAAAGUGGUUCUCUUCAAAGAUAAUCCCUGGCAAUGCAAUUGUAAUAUCUUUGGCAUGAAACUGUGGCUGGAGAGUUUUCUAUACAGAGGAGGAAUCAGCGAUGGCAUCAUCUGCUCAGCGCCAGGCGUUCGGAAGGGGAAGGAUCUCCUGAAGGUUCCCUACGAGCUCUUUGGGGCCUGUGCUCUGAGGGCAGCCCCGGUGCCACCAGCCAGCAGCCAUCAGUGGCCCAGCUCGGAGCAGCGGGCCUGGCCCAAGCACGGCCCUCACGGCGAGCCAGGCGAUGGCAGCCGCGGCGGCUGUGAGCCCAAGGCCCGGCCCAGGCCUGUCAGCCUGCGGCACGCCAUCGCCACCGUGGUGAUCACGGGCGUGGUGUGCGGCGUGGUGUGCCUCAUGAUGCUGGCAGCCGCCGUCUAUGGCUGUGCCUACGCCGCCAUCACCGCCCGGUACCACAAGGAGCACCUGGGCCCUGUCAGGCAGCACGGGACGCCUGAGGAAAAAGAACCCUUUGAGAGCUCCAUGGCUUGA